GGUGUACUUCCGGUGUUAAAGGUUACUUCAAAAUGGCGCCGUCCAAGAAGAAACAUGCCAACAACAAGGCUUGUGUUAUUCCCGGAGGCUUUACAGUGUUGUCCUUACAGUUUAGUGCCAGUUCCGCUGCACAGCACAAACUGUACGUGAAAGAGCAUAAAGUACGAGCUGAGAAGAGUUCACACAGGCCGCUGGACCGGACUUUAUUUGUCCUCAACGUGCCUCCGUACUGCGCAGAGCACGUUGUCAAAAGGUUAUUCUCACAAUUUGGGGAUGUUCAGUCAGUGGAGCUGCGAGACCAUCCGGGGUCCUCCAAGCAUUUAGGACCCAAGCUGUCCAGGUUCUUCAGGCCAGCUGAUAAACAGGGGUUCAAAGUGGGCUACAUUGUGUUCGAAAGCCCUUCUAGUAUAGCAGCAGCGAAGUCACAUCCCCUCAGUGAGCCUCUGGUGGUCUCCACAGAGGAGCAUCCUGUCACAACAGGGGUACAGAAAUGGAUUCAGCAGUAUACAGACUCUUUUGUGCAACCAGACCACCUGCAAAAAAUAGUCGACACCUUUAUGGAAGUCCACGACAAGCGUAAAGAAGAGGAAGCGGAGCGUCAGAAGAGGGAGGCGGAGCUGCAACAAGAGGAUGAGGAGGGCUGGGUGAAGGUUACAAGAGGAAACAAGGGCACCAAGGCCCGACCUCAUAGCGAGGCAGCCAAUCAGAAGACUCUACAGAAGGAGCUAAGGAAAAAGAAGAGAAAGGAGCUGAUGAACUUCUACACCUGGCAGCAUAGAAACACACAGAAAGAGCAUAUUGCUGAACUAAGGAAAAAGUUCGAGGAGGAUAAACAGAGAAUCGCCCUGCUGAGAGCGCAGAGAAAAUUCAGGCCGUAUUAAUUCACUAAUCCAUAUUGUAAUUACCUCAUUUCAUUUAUUUUGUGUGUUUAACCUAAAUCUGAGCAUUUAAUAAACAGUUAUUCUGUUUUU